AUGAGAAACAUUAGAUGUAGAGAUGUUUAUGUCAUGGAGGAUGAACAUAAUAUUAAAUUCACUGCUCAAGAUUUAUAUGACAAGAAAGCAGACAAAACAGAGCUUCAAACAUUAAAGACAGAAAUACUUCAAACCAUUUACCCAGUUGGUUCUAUUUAUACGUCAAUGAACUCUACCAGACCAGAAGUAGUACUUGGUUUUGGAACUUGGACUCAAAUACUCGAAAGUUUUUUGUAUUGUGCACACACUCCAAAGAAAACAGGUGGAAGUAAAACGAUAUCUGUCGACAACUUGCCACCACAUAGUCAUUCUGGUACAACAAACUUUUCUGGCGACCAUAGCCACUCAUUAAGAGACCACCCAUUAUACAACUCAGAGUAUGAAGCUGGCUAUGACGUUUUAUCUCCAGAUUAUAACCAUUCAGCAAAAAAGACUUUUCGACAAACUGAACCAGGAGGAAACCACCAACAUACUUUUACAACAACAUCUACAGGACUAGGUAAAAAAUACAUGCCACCUUACAUGACAGUUUGUGCAUGGUAUAGAAAUGCUUAG